AUGGUUGGGUCCUACUCUUCACAUGGCGAUGCAGGUGGAACUUUACACUGUCCGUCGCCAACUCACAUACACCAUGUCGACCCAGCUUCAGCUUUCAGACAAUUACGGCGCUCUCUCUCGAGAUCACCAUCCAAAGGUCCUGCGUUUCGUCUAGUUACGUCAAAGUCAACAUCUCCGUCACCUAGCUCUCCGCUUUCGCACUCGCGAGAACCACCUCCAAAUCGAUCGACAUCGGCAAGCAUGCUCUCGCCUACACUUGUCUCUUCUCCAUCUUCGCUGGCAUUUCCUUACCCCUACAGUGCACGGAAGAUCAGACCUGCCACUCGAAAACUGAGUCCUAUGCGCAAUCCUUCACGCUCCAAUAGCAUCCAGCGCAGUCCAAGAAAGAGAACACUGAGCGAGUCAAGAAAUCCUGGAAACGCCACACCACAGUCAUCCGCCGAAUCAAGUGACGAUCAGGAGAACAGAAAUGAGCGAAGCGUAAGUCCUGCCGAAGAUUCGAUGCCAGACGUAAUAUACAAGGCGAAUGCGCCUCCUCCAGGUAGCAGUCCGUUUGCGCCCGCUCGUGCGACUAGGAACUUUGAGAAAGGCAACAGCUGGGGCGCAAAAUCCAGUCCGCUGAAGAGAAGUGAUGGAAUUAUGAACUUGGAUCAAGGGAACCCGGGAAGCCCGUCAAGAAAGAGGAGAAGUUUGCACGGAGGGAUGUUUAAUACGGACUUCAACAUUUUCGAUCAUGAAGCUGCGUUUGAGGAACAUGACGAACCAUCCACGACCGAUUCGACAAUGAGCAUGGACUCAAGUGCUCCAGUUGACCACUUGUCAGCGGUGCCCAAGCGGACAUCAUCGCUGCGGAGAACAACUUUGCAGCAAAGACAUGACAAGCCAUUAUUUGCAAGGUCGAAGCCUAACACUGAUCUUGCUCUUGAAUUUGCUACGCCAGGGCAUGCCUCACAGAAAAGUAGGCUUCGAAUGUCGCUUGACAGCGUCUUGCCCUCUAUGGCCCGGGAUAGCCCAUUUUCUUCGCAAGGCUGUCUACCUAAUGCUUCUGCACAUCCCAUGUCUCAGCAUGGCUCGAAGCAGACUGGGUCCAGCCAAACAUCGCAACCCCAACGUCAUCCUCUAUCACGGACAUUGUCUCAGUCUACUUCGAAUUCGAGCAUGGCAGAAGACUCGCCCACGCACAUUCCAAUCCGGCAGCCUGAGCAGCGACGAACGUUUGUCGACUUUUCAAAGUCGCUCCCGGUAGGCGCUGCACGGCCCAGUUCUCGCGACGGAGAGUCAUCAAGCCAGGUUUCUUCAGGAACUUCUUUUGCAACGCCCGAAAAUUACAAGUUGGUCAAACCACUACCCGCAGCGUUCAUGUCAACCGGACUUAUCUCGAAGCGUCAUAAGAAUGUAGAAGACACGCAAGCUAUGUUCGGUGCAAGCAAAAAUUCCAUGCCGGACACGCCUUGCAAACGCCACAGCCUUGCGGAGAUGCCAUCCCCAUCAGCGCCGCGCGAAAAUACCUUUGCAAAAGCUCAUCAUACCAGACAUUCCUUCGGCACACCAUCGACGCCAUUCAACCCGCACACCACACGCCUAGCGCCUGAGACUUUCGGGAAAGGUGUCAGUAUAUUUGGCAGCAAUAUGGGCGGCAGCCUCCGACGGACCUCCAGCUUUCUCAAUACCGACAUUGAAGAAUUGCAAUCACCGCCUAGGCAAGACGAUAGUCAGUCCAGCGCUGAAUGCGACAUUCCCCCAACUCCAACGAAGCAAGCCGGCAUUUCGGGUAGCGCCCAUCAGACACCAUUUGGAGGAAGCGCAACGCGCAAGGACUUUGCUAGUGCUGGGUUUGGUGCCUCUGUUGGUGCGGAGACCCAGUCUUUCCAGCAUGAGCAAGAUUCCAGCCCUCUAAACGAUCGAAUGCAACACUUAUCCCCUCAUACGCCAAAAGGGAGCAUGAUCCCGCCUGACCCAAGUGGCCUGUCGAUAUCUGCGCAUGCAAAUGAGCAGCUGCGGCCCAUGACUGCUUCGGCGAGCAGCGCGUCGAUGUAUCCUCCUGCGACCCCAACUGCUCCUAGGGACUCUUUCGCAUCGUUCAAAAAAUCGACCUCUAGCAUGACGCCUCCUCAUGGCUCAGUUGCGGUCGAGAUCGACCCCGUUCUGACUUCUCGUUUCGACAAAGUAGAUCUGAUCGGCACUGGCGAAUUCUCUCAAGUAUAUCGUGUAACGCAAAAGCAGGAACUCAAGGGUUCCCAAAGCUACUUCUCAAUCCCCCAGGCACGGACUUCACCCAGGACACCGUUGCCAGAUCGAGUCUGGGCCGUUAAAAAGUCUCGCAAUGCAUAUAUAGGGCCGAAAGACCGACAGCGAAAGCUUCAAGAAGUCAACACACUGAAAGCGCUUGGACAUUCGGAUCAUACCGUACAGCUUUUCGAUAGCUGGGAGGACAAAAACCACCUGUAUAUCCAAACGGAGUUCUGCGAAGAGGGUAGCUUGGACUCAUUCCUUGAUCAAGUAGGACGCAAAGCUCGACUUGACGACUUCAGGAUCUGGAAGAUCCUGCUCGAAUUAUCGCGUGGUCUCAAGCAUAUCCAUGAUUCGGGCUUCAUCCACUUAGACCUCAAACCAGCUAAUGUCUUGAUCACUUUUGAAGGCGUCUUAAAGAUCGCUGAUUUUGGCAUGGCAACUCGGUGGCCAGCUCAGCCAGGCAUAGAUGGAGAAGGCGAUCGAGAGUAUAUUGGACCCGAGAUACUCAGGGGGCAUUUUGAUAAGCCAGGAGAUGUCUUCGCCCUAGGACUCAUCAUGCUUGAGAUAGCAGGAAAUGUAAUGCUACCGGACAAUGGAGCGUCGUGGCAACGACUGAGAACAGGUGACAUGAGCGACGUUCCAAGCCUGACAUGGAGCUCAGGGACCAGCAGUGUCCUUCGGGACUCCUUGGGGAAGCCUCUUUCCCAAGACGCAUCGGUCGAAGACUUCUAUGGAUCGGACUCAGGAGAAGACGAUUUCGGUUCUCCGAAAUUCUUGCGCGGCCGACGUGAAAAGGAAAUGAAGAACGGCCCGUUCAAGCUCCAUCGAUCCGGUGAACUUGCUCACCCGCCAGCCUUCAUGAUCGACUCCAAAGACCCAGAAGCUCUUGACAAUAUUGUCCGCUGGAUGAUUUCACCCGAAACCAUCAAUCGGCCAGUCGUGGAUCAGGUCCUUGGAACGAUAGGCGUUCAAUGGGCUGAGUCCAGGAGACGAGCAGGUGCUACGAUAUUCGAAGGCAAUUGGGGGCCCGCAGACGAAGUGCUUGCGGAUGAUGCGGAAAUGAUUGACGUGUAG